AUGACCACAACAGAGAACAGCCCUGAGGAUCCUCUGCUCAGAGACAAAAGGAAGGGAGAUCUCCAAGUGAUGCUGACCGAAGUGGGACUUCCUGUUGAAUACUGGUUGCCAAAGCUGCAGGAAGAUCUUGGUGUGACCUGUACUCAGUCCUUACAAUACUUAAAAGAAAAAGACCUCCAGAAGCUGAAAUCCCAGGUGCAGCAUUCAUGGGAGAAAAAGGCCCUGGAGAAGCUGUUUGACCUAACACAAUUAAAUACUAUUUUGGACUUACAGGAGUCAUCAUCAAUGCAAAUGAUUCAGAAAAGGCAGAAACAGGCAGAACAGACACUGCAGGAGCUGAAGGACUUGCUGACAGAAGGGAGGGGCAGACAGGAAGAGGUAGUAGAGAGAAAAGAAGUCGAGCUGAGGCAAGUAAUGGAGAUACCUGAAGAAUAUUGGCCACUGCCUGAAGACUCCCUACAAGAAGUCAUAGAAAACAUGCAGAAACAACUCCAUCUCAUGGACCAGACAAUGAACCACAGGCAAAAUCUCCCAGAUAGAGACCUGGUAAGAAGGGCAUCUGGAGGGCUGGCCCUGCAGGGAAUAUAUAAAACCAGUCACCAAAAUGGCCUAAUCCAGAAGAGAGAAGAGCUACUCAGUGUCCCCAAGGAGUUUUCACUCUUUGGACCUGAGCAGGGGACAUGGAUGGAAACAAAGGAAUUUUCAUCUUCUGAAGAAGAAUCCAUGUUCUCCCAGACUGUAGAGAAGCUAGCCUUCAGCUUAUCUGCCUCAGCCAAGGGUGGAGGUUGGGGAUUUAGUUUAGAAGCUGGAAUAGAUCAAAGCAAACAUUCAGAAUCCAAGGAAAACAAACAUUCGUAUUCUGAACAUUCUUAUUUCUGCUCAUCCAAGUUCUGCUACCUCCCCCUGGCCUCCUGCCACUUUCCCACAGAUCAACUCCAGCUCUCCACACCUGCUCUCCAGGAACUGAAAAGCAUUGAAGAACUCUUGGGCCAAACUACAAACUCAGACAAGAUGUCAUUACUGAGACACAGAACUGAAAACUUCUUCCACAGAUUUGGCUCUCAUGCUAACCAGGGUCCGGUGCACUUAGGAGGAAUCUACUGGUGGAAGGCCACCACAGAGGAUUUCCAGAGUGAGCAACUGACUGAAGUGAAGAAGGAGGCAGAAGAGAUCCUGGAAAUUUACAUAAAGGGCAGCUACAGUGGCUUUGGAGUAAAAGUUUCUCCAUGUAUGAAUGUGUCAGCUCCACAUUCAAAAACAGCCUCUCGGAGCAAAGGUCUUCAAAACCUCCAAACCACAAUCCAAUUAUCAGUGGCCCAGAUAGGUGGCCCACCAGUAACAGAUGGAUUUGUCCAGUGGAAAGCUGGCCUUGUUACUAGCAACCAAACCUGGCAUGUCAUUGACCGAGGGCUUCACCUGGUGCCCAUUUGGGACAUCAUCCUCUCAAACCACACAAGUGAUUUUAAGGAUCCUCUUCAAGUAGCUAUCUGCCUGAAGGACAAUUACAUUGCUCUGAGUGGACUCACUGCCAAGAUCCAGGAUGGAGAGGAAUUACUGAGCACUGGGAAGGAAGCUCGGGCUUUCCUAGAGGAUAUAAAGUCCUGGGAGGUAUCUGAUCCUGAAGAGCAGCUUAAACAACUGACAGAUUUCAUGCAAAUGAUGAGACAUAAAAUGGAAAAUUAUGACAUUUGGAUUAACAUAUGCCUUACAGAUUGGGAUCUGCAAAAUUUUCUAGUAAACACUGUUAACUUUUGCAAAAACUCAUCCUUGCAUAAUACUAAAUUUAUUAAAUCUCAGUUGUGCAGUCUUUUGGAUCCUCACAUCUACAAAGUGACAAACUUUCCUCAGGCUCAUUCCAUCAUGCAGUGGAUUUACCAGUCAGACGCAGACCCAGAGCAUGUCAACAUCACCCAAUUCUCUCAAUUCAUCAAAAUCUUAAGAGAAAUCCAAAAUAACCUCAUGGAAAUGAAUGUCAAAUCUGAGUCCACUGAAAUAGUGGAAGAAGCUCAAAGAAAGGCCACUUAUGAAGUCAGCAUGGCUCUCAGCUGCUUCUUGAAUUACCUCAAAAAAACAGAGCAGACAGACAUAGAAUUCUUGCUUCUUUCUAUUGCAGCUGGUGCAGGCUACCAAGUAAUAAACAAUACUUUUCAGUGUCUCCUGGGGUAUGAUGAGUUAAACUUCCUACUAGAUGAAACGCAGUGCACCCUAAACAAAUACCAAGAGCUCAAAAAUAUUUGCGAUUACAGAGCUCAAGCAUUCCUGGUGCUCACUAGUCUAACAGCCACAGCUGGAGUUGCAGCCAUUUCUCCAAAAGAAAAAAUACAAAGAAUGUCACUAAUGAGGCAUCACAUGGAACAAUCAUUGUCUAAUGAAGUUGUACAUGUCCUAACCAAACUUGGAGCAGAAUAUGAUUGGGAAAACCUAGAAAAAGACUUGAAAUUACUCAUUGAUGGUGAUUAUGAAGCCACUAUCUCUUCUUUGCAAAUGGACAAUGUGAAAAGACAAUUGCAAAGUCUCUUCCAUGGAAAGAAGCAAUCUUACGAACAAUAUAAUGAUAUAAAUGACAAAUGCAAGGUAAUAGAAAAUGCAUCUUUCUUAGAUUUACUCAGUCGGCUAGGCCUAGAGCAUUACUACCCAAAAAAGAUGAGCAGAGCUAACUUCCAUCUUAUCUAUAAAACCUCAAUGUACAACACCCAGCCCAAAUCUGAACAGGAACUUCCCUUCUAUUUUCUGCAGAAGCUACUGAUGUUAGAUUAUGGGUUAAGGCACGUGGUCUUCAUAGAAGAUAGAAACACAGAGCACCAAGUCUAUCAAAGUGUUUCAAAUGAGGACAGUGAAGCUUUCGAUCCUUAUGAGGACUCACCUGAAGAUAGCCAAAGUGUCACUAGUGCUUCAGCCACUAAGUCUAGGCCACAUAUUAACCCAAUGGAUAUUCAAAUGGCCAUUUUUCACUGUGCAGAUGAUCUUGCCAGACAAUAUAUUUUGGCCAAACUGUCCAUUUGUCAGUUUGCUCUCCCCCUUGUGGUGCCUAAUCCUUGCACUUCUGAAAUUGAAUUCUCUCUCUGGUCUCUCAGUCAAAUUAGGAAAAGUUUGCAACAAGCAAAGAAAUCACAAGGGAAGAAGAACAGUUAUAAGAAUCAGCAGAUAUAUCAGGUGCCUAACCCCAUUGUGUCCUUCAUUAGAGUUGGAAAUGGCCUCUCUGCCUCCAAAUCUCAGAUCAUGAACUGUCUUCUCAGUAAACGUAAACACAAUGUGUUUUUUCACAGACACAGCAGAGGCAGUAGCAAAAACUGUCUCUUGAUGGGGGGUGUGGUGGAAAUCUGCUGGUUCUGUCCUGGCGGGGAGGAAGAAGACAGAUUUGAAAACUGUGUGGCCUUCACUAAUCUUCAUGGAGAUGCAAAGGAACAUAAGAGACAACUCACCUUCCUGCAGGAGGUUUCUUCUCUCUUUGUGAUCCUCAUGUCAGCUUCUGAUGACAAUAAAGAAAACCAAAAAGUAGUCCGUGAUCUGUGCCAGUCAUCAAAACCUGUGAUCUGCUUACUGGAUGACAGAGAGAAAAUCAUGACCAAUAAUUCUGGGAGAAGAGUAAGAAUUGGCAUCAGAAACAGAAACGAGGCAGAAUUAACAGAAGAGCUCAUAGUGGCAAUCAGACAUUUGCUAGAACUCUCCAACACUGCUCUCAGCUUAGAGGAGUGUUCUUUGAUUGCUCAUGAACAAGGUUUCCUUGUGGAUGAAUACCAGAGAGAUUGCAAGGAAGCCAAAGAAAAGGCACAGACUAUCAUGGCCCUCCUGGGAGAAACAAAAUUAUCUCAGAUAAAGGAAAACUUACUACCUCUUCAGGGACAGCUAUGGCACCUUUGGUGUAAGAAAGACAAAGAAUUCUAUCAUCUGAGAGAAAAAGGAAAUCGAAGUAUCGAACAACAUAAGAGUGAGAUUGAGACAGAUAAACAAAUAAUACGGUGUCAGCAGUUGGAGAAAGCCUUUCCUCUCAAUGACUUAAUGCGAUCUUUUCUUGAAAUUCUUCAAGAACAUUCAGAAACUCAUACCAAACUCUACUUCUUGCAGUGGCUGAGUGUGUUCUUGGAAAACCUCACAGCAGAACACUUGGAAAAACUACGUGAACACCAAAGAUCUUUGUGGUCACAAGUACAAACUGAAAAGCAAAAGACACAAAAGAGUAAUUCCCUGCAACUCUGGAAAAAUCAAAUAGAAGCCAUCUCCAUAGAGAUUCAAGACUGUACCUUGGGUAUUGAGCAACUUCUCAGAGAAGUUGGCCAAAUCUAUGAAGCCCUGGAAGAAACUUCUACAGGAGACACUCUUUUCCUCUCUCUUCCUCAAAUUGCUGCAGACCUGAUGGUAUCUGGAGUUCCCAUUGAGCUGAUGGAUGGGGAUGCCUCUUAUGUGCCUCUCAAGUGGGUGUCAGCUGUGUUUGACAAGGUCUCGGAGAAACUUGGAGACCCACGCAUUUUUGUUCUCUCUAUCCUUGGUCUGCAGAGCUCAGGGAAGUCCACCUUGCUCAAUGCCCUUUUUGGGCUACAGUUCACUGUCAGUGCAGGCAGGUGUACUAGGGGGGCCUACAUGCAACUCCUGAAGGUGAAGGAGAACUUUACAGAAGAACUUGGCUUUGACUUUGUGCUGGUUAUAGACACAGAAGGACUUCGGGCCCCAGAACUCAACAACAAAUCUCAAAACUGGGACAAUGAGUUGGCCACCUUUGUCAUUGGACUUGGAAACUUGACCAUCAUCAAUAUUUUUGGAGAGAAUCCAUCAGAGAUGCAGGAUAUAUUACAAAUAGCUGUCCAAGCCUUUCUGAGGAUGAAGAAAGUCAAAAUCUCCCCAAGUUGUCUCUUUGUCCAUCAAAAUGUGGGAGAUGUUACAGUUGAAGAUCAAACCAUGGAAGGACGAAGAUGUCUAGAGUGCAGACUAGAUGAAAUGGCCAUAACAGCUGCUGAACAAGAAGAAUGCUCAGACAUAACUCACUUCAGUGAUGUCAUUAAGUUUGAUGUCAAUACUCAUGUCUACUACUUUGCUCACCUCUGGGAUGGCAAUCCUCCAAUGGCCCCUCCCAAUCCUCGCUACAGCCACAAUGUCCAAGAACUGAAAAGUAGAAUUCUUUUGACUGCAGAACAAGAAUCCAGGGGAAGCAUCAUGAAGAUAUCACAUGUGAAAUCCCGAGUUCAAGAUUUGUGGAGAGCCCUGAUAAAUGAGAACUUUAUUUUCAGUUUCAGGAACACCCGAGAGGUCAUGGCCAUGAGCAAAUUGGAAACCAUGUACAACCAUUGGACCUGGGAGCUGAGGAGUCAUGUGCUUGACCUGCAGAAUCAGUUGAACAAUCAGAUUCAGAAUGGAAAGAUUCAGACACUCCAAACAGGCUUAUGUGAGGCUCCCGUUACAGAAAAAUACACAGCAAUCAAGCAAGAACUUGAAAAAUAUUUCAAUGAAGAACCCGACAGUGAAAUACUGAUUCAAUGGAAAGCAAAUUUUGAAAAUAAGCUAAUAAUGCUUAAAGAGGCACUUAUUUUAGACAGCAAAAGGAAAGCCAAGGAACUUAUGCAGUUUAAAAAAAAUCAAGAAAGAUUAUACAAGAACAAAACAGGCUAUGAUAAUGAAGUACGUGAAAGAAGCCAAAAGUUGGCCUUAACCAUAAAGGGUAAAGAAUUAAGUGAGGAAGAGUUACAUGAGAAAUUCAACCAACUUUGGAAAAAAUGGGUUUAUGAUGUGUCUUCAGAUCUUCCUCAAAUCAUGGAGCCUGAUAUUGAUAUAGAUUCUGAAAAUAUCCUUUGGGAGUAUUUCCAAAAAGAGAUAAACAUGGUGGACAUACUAAGGAGUAAUUGUGAAGAGAAGUUUCAAAUCAAUUAUGAUGAACAUGUCAAAAUGAGUAAAAAAUGUAACUUCAUGACAAGGACAUUAAAAGCUUGUGAUAGAGAAUCCAUUAAUAUAACCACUGACCACAUUAUUUCAAGAUUUAAUGAAACUGUUAACAACAUUCGUAAGCAACAAAGUGAUUACAGUGCAAGUUAUUUCCAUGAAAUCCUGAGAAUAAUAAAUGAGGAGGUAAAAUCUGCACUCACUGGGGGAAGAUAUAAUUUUACAAGUAAAUACAACAUUGACUUAUCUUUGUGUUUGUUCCAAAGAGCAUCAAAAAUCUUUAAGGACAUGCAUAGGGCCUUCAAGGCAGCAAAUGAUCCUGUGAACUAUCUGGAAAGCAAAAAAGAUGAUUUCUUUAUGAGUUUUAAGAUCUCCUGCCAAGGAGCCACCUCCAUCACAACAUUUGUUGAUUUUCUGUGGCACAAGCUCACUCCUGCUAUUUCUGCCACAAUACAGGGAAAGAUGAUCAUUAAAAUAGCGGGAGAGAUGCGAGCUACUUGCCCUGCAUUCAAUGGGAACAGGGCAAAUCUAGAGAAACACAUUCUCAUUUCUCUAGCAGAAGAAGAGAACUUUGAUAAUUACUGGCAAUACCUUCAUUACACAAGAUCAUUUUUUAGCAGCUACAUUGAAAACUGUAUUAAAAGAUAUUGUUCAAAUGAAGAAGGUGAAAAAAUACGAAUGUUCUUUAAAAUGAGCUUAGAUGACAUGAAGAAUGCCAUUCUCUCUGCCAUUCAUGAGUCCACAGCAGUAGCUAAAGAUAAAGGCAGCACUGCCUCUGGGUGGUUGGAUUUGUUCUGUGAUCACCUAGGGAGCAAUUUGAUCUUUCCACGAAGAGAUCUGGUAAAUAUUGAACACCAGGAGAUAAAAGACAUUGAGUUUCUCAAAGAAGCCAUGAGUUCGGCUUUGAAUCCAGCAAUGAAGAAAGUAGAAGAGAAUUUUUCAAGUCUGCCGAUAGAUGUAAUGGUUCCUGAAAUUGAGAAAAUUCUGUCUGAACAUCUCUGUGGUUGCUGGAAACAAUGUCCCUUAUGUAAUGCAAUUUGUACUAACACAAUUCCUAAUCAUGAAGGAGACCACAGUGUUCCCUUCCACCGUCCUCAGGCUGUCAAUGGAUGGCAUAAGCACAAAACAAACCACUUUGUCAUUGAUUGCUGUACUACUUCAGUGGCAAGUGAUCGUUUCAUGCUUUUAGGAAAUAACCAGGAAAUCCCAUAUAAGAACUAUCGACAGGCAGGAGGGGAUUAUGCCACCUGGAGCAUCACCCCAGAUUCAUCCAGUCAGACAUACUGGAAAUGGUUCAUUUCACACUUCAGAUCAAACUUAGAAGAAAAGUAUCAGAAAAAAUUCACAGAUACAGGUGAAAUUCCUGAUGCGUGGGCCAAAAUCACAAAACAAGAUGUGCUCAAUGACCUGAAAAAGUAA